AAAUCUUACGUGGAUCCUUCUGGGUGAUUCCAACUUCCGGUUUUACUCUGGUCAAGGCCUAUCGGCCUCCUCCGCAGGUAGUUGACAACUGCCGCAGACAUGGCCGUGUGAUCGGCGAACAGCCAAGCGAAUCAACUUUUGAAGCGACGUCAGCUCGGAGUAAUAAAUAAAUAAACGACGCGUCACCGGAGCGACGAGGUUUCGCAACGUUUAGCUGGUCGGCUAGCUAAAAGACGCGGCUAACAGUCUCGCCGAGCUAACGCCUCUAAAUUAGAACCUGGUGUCCAUUUCAGGAUGUCAGCGGCGGGUUUCAAUGCCCAGAACGGGACCGGACAACCGUACGCAAAUGGUCCUUCACAGAAUCCUAUUGGUGUUCAGCAGCUCCCAGGGGUCAACUACGGCAUGACGCACCAACCCGCUUACAAUCCCAUGCAAGCCAAGGCUCCAGCGCCCACUGCCCCUGGACUUUAUCCCUCUGGGUCGUACCAGCAUAUCCCCCCAGCCAGCUCCUACCUGCCUGGCCAAGCUCCCACUUCUUACCCUGCUCCCCUCAGCCAGCCCCAGCUGACACGACCCCCACCGGGCGGCCCCGUGUCCCAUAUCCCUCCUCAGUCUGCCAGCUCCAGCCCGAGUCCCGGUCCGAGGCUGCCCCCUGCACAGGGCACACCUCCACCUCCGGCUGUGUCUUCUAGCGGACAUUACUCAAACUUCCAGCAGCAGCAGCAGCAGCAGCAGCCCUCCGUGACUCCACAGUGGCAAUACAACUUGGCUCCUCCACCCACGGGACCCUCCCCAUCCAUCAACACGCCACCACGGGGCCCGGUGCCCAAUCACGUGAGCACACCUGGACCUUACAGCCCUGCCCUGUCACCCUCCAUGUCACAUAACGCCAUGCAGCCCCCACGCACAGGGGCGCCCCCCACCUCUCUGCAGGGAUACAACCAGCCAGGCACCGCUCCUCUGCCCAUGAACCCAGCAGCUUCACAUCAGUAUCACCCAAGCAGAGCACCUUAUGGGCCCCCUCCUGCUGGCCCCCCUCCAACGGGCCCACCCCCCAGCAUGAAGCCCACAGCACCUGCGACCGGACCCCUGAUGUCCAAUGCCACACCUGCGCCCCCAAAGGCAGCUGCUCAGUGUGGGGAGGCUGCCUGCAGCUCUCUGCCCCCCACUGAGCCCGAUUUCCAGGAGGGGAAUAUUGAAUUUCCAGUAACAGCAAUGGUGGGCGGCUGUGUGCCCCCUUCUUCAAAUGGUCCCAAUCAUGUGGACAACAAGCUAGCCGGACCACCCCAGUCUGGCCCGCCGGGUCGGCACUUGGGCCACUACCCCUCCCUCCCCCCAGGGUACCAGCACCCCUCAGCUCCCCAUGGCACCCCUCCAAGCUUGCAACCAGGACUCGCGCGUGCUGCUCAGCCUUAUACUCAAGCACCUCAGCCAUACCAGCAGCCACCUCCCGGGCUUGGCCCCGCCCACCUGAGCCCGUCCCUGGCCACCAUGAGUCUCCAGUCCAGCACCCCCGAGACCCUGCGAGUGGUCAACCUGCUCCAGGAGAGGAACCUACUGCCCGCGGGGCAGGUCACCGCCCCGACACCCUGCCUGCCCCAAGACCUGCAGAAGAUAAACUGCAACCCCGAGGUUUUUCGCUGCACGUUGACAAGCAUCCCUCAGAACCAGUCUCUGCUUAAUAAAGCCAAGCUGCCCUUGGGCCUGCUGCUCCACCCCUUCAAAGACCUCUCGCAACUUCCUGUGGUGACGUCCAGCACCAUCGUCAGGUGUCGCUCCUGCAGAACCUAUAUCAACCCCUUUGUGUCCUUUCCGGACCAGAGGAGAUGGAAAUGCAACCUGUGCUAUCGGGUCAAUGAUGUUCCAGAGGAGUUUAUGUAUAAUCCAGUCAGUCGAUCCUAUGGAGAACCACACAAAAGACCGGAGGUGCAGAACGCCACCAUUGAGUUCAUCGCUCCAUCAGAAUACAUGCUGAGGCCGCCGCAGCCGGCCGUGUACCUCUUUGUCCUAGACGUGUCCCACAAUGCGGUGGAGACGGGCUACCUGAAGGUGUUCUGUCAGUCCGUGCUGGAUAACAUCAAUGCGCUCCCUGGAGACUCGCGGACAAAAAUCGGCUUUAUCACCUUUGAUAGCACCAUCCACUUCUACAAUCUACAGGAAGGACUGUCCCAGCCUCAGAUGCUCAUCGUCUCAGACAUUGAAGAUAUCUUUUUACCAACACCGGACAGCCUUUUAGUCAACCUCAACGAGAGCAAAGAGUUGGUGCAGGAUCUUCUGAAGAGCUUGCCAACGUUAUUUGAGAAGACCAUGGAGACUCAGUCGGUGCUGGGCUCGGCCCUGCAGGCCGCCUUCAAGCUGUUGUUGCCCACUGGGGGCCGCAUGUCCGUCUUUCAAACCCAGCUGCCCAACCUCGGAGUCGGGGCGCUCCAGUCCAGGGAGGACCCUAACCAAAGAGCAUCUGCCAAGGACAUCCAGCACUUAUCCCCAGCGACAGACUUCUACAAGAAGCUGGCUCUGGACUGCUCUGGUCAGCAGGUGGCUGUUGACCUGUUCCUGCUCAGCUCUCAGUAUUGCGACUUGGCGUCUCUUGGCUGCAUAUCUAGGUACUCUGCAGGCAGUGUCUACUACUUCCCAUCCUACCACCACCAACACAACCCCGCUCAAGUGGAGCGCUUCCAGAAGGAUCUGAAGAGAUACUUAACGAGGAAGAUCGGCUUUGAGGCCGUCAUGAGGAUCCGCUGCACCAAAGGUCUGUCCAUUCACACCUUCCACGGAAACUUCUUCGUACGCUCCACAGACCUGCUCUCGCUGCCCAACGUCAACCCGGAUGCAGGCUUUGCCGUUCAAAUGUCCAUUGAGGAAAACCUGGAUGACAUGCAGGUGGUCUCCUUCCAAGCUGCGCUGCUCUACACCUCUAGCAAAGGAGAGAGGAGGAUCCGUGUGCACACUUUGUGUCUCCCCGUGGUCCACUCUCUGUCAGACAUCUUUGCUGGUGCUGAUGUCCAAGCCAUUAGUGGCCUGCUGGCGUGCAUGGCUGUGGAUCGCUCGGUGACGGCCAGCCUGAGCGACGCCAGGGAUGCCAUGACAAACGCCGCCAUCGACUCGCUGACUUCAUACCGCCAGUCGGUGCUGACCAUCCAGCAGCCCGGCCUGCUCGCCCCGUCCUGUCUUAGGCUCUUCCCCCUCUACAUCCUCGCUCUGCUCAAACAGAAAGCUUUUAGGACGGGCACCAGCACCAGGCUGGACGACCGGGUCUUCUCCAUGUGCCAGCUCAAGUACCAGCCUCUGGUCUACGCCAUGCUGAUGAUGCACCCUGCUUUGUACCGCGUUGACGACCUGACUGAUGAGGGAGCUUUGAGCGUCAACGACCGGACCAUCCCUCAGCCGAGAGUUCUGCAGCUGUCCGGGGAAAAGCUCAGCAUGGAGGGAGCGUUCCUCAUGGACGCAGGAACGGUGAUGUAUCUGUUGGUGAGACGGAACUGCAACCCCGUGUUCCUGAGCCAAGUCCUGGGUGUUCCCAACUAUGCCGCCGUGCCUGAUAACCUGUAUCUGCUGCCAGAGUUGGACACUGCUGAGUCGCAAAGAACCCGAGCUUUCGUUGGCUGGCUGAGGGAUCAGAGGCCCUUCUUUCCCACCCUGCAUGUCAUCAGGGAAGAGAGCCAGUUGAAAGUCUCCUUUAUGCAGAACAUGAUUGAGGACCGGACCGAGUCAGCCCUGUCCUACUACGAGUUCCUGCUGCACCUCCAGAAGCAGAUCUCCAACUGAUGGGACAAUGACGAUCGUAGCGUGGAGACGAGCCAACAGUGAAGCAAGGAUGUGCAUCAGUGGGUGUGCGUGUGUGCGUGUGUGCGUGCGUGCGUGCGUGAAUGAAAAGGUUACUCCUCCAACAUCUCUCUUUAAGACGGCCUCCUCCUGACGCGAGUCGCUGGGAUGGAACCGUGUGACGGACACUUUGAUUGUGAUGUUGAUUUGGGGGAGAUUAGAAAAAGAUGGAAGGUAUCAGUGUUGAUUCUCCGAGAACAAUAAUGUGAGGUGCGGCUCUACCUGACGUGUGAAGUGUUGGCAAAGCACAGACUCCUUUACUAAAACAAGUCUAAUGUAUGCAAGUGUGUGUUUCUGACUGUUAUCGAGUAUUUGAACAUCUUGUACCCAGAGGACACCAACCUGAGCUUUUUUCAACUUUUCAUAUAGGUGUUGAACAAAUCUCAAAAGAGAGAGCGGCAGGCAGCGAAUGUGUGGUCAUGUCUGUUCCGGUCUGUCCAUCUCCAAGUCAUCCAUUUUACCCCCCCAAAUACUCAGAAUGCCUCUUAACGACGCCACUGUUCUGAUUAACCUCUUUUUUCUUUUUUUCCUUUUUUUCUCCAUGGUUUAAUUUAUGAGACUCCCAGUCUGAUUAAAUUGAAAGAUUGCCUUGUAUUAUGGGAACUCGACUUUUACCAUCAAGCCUCUGCCCAAAUGCAGACUCUAUAAAUGAAAUAUUUUAAUAUAACAUAACAAAGCCAUUGUGAUGAUCUUUUAAUCAUACAUACUUGUAUAUUGAAAAUACUGCAUUAUAUAAAGAUGAAGAAAUGCUCAUGCAUUUUAGUAUGACCGUUAAGGUGAGUUGUCAAAGAAAAUAAAAUGUUUGGGACUUUUUAAAACGUAGUUUGUCCUGUGGUGGAUGGAAAGCUUUUCUUCUGGGAAAUGAAGAUGCAGUCUGCAAUGCCAAAAGUGGACCAAAUCCCUUUGUCCUUUUUGUUUUUUUAUUUUUAUGGAUUUAGGAUGAUUUGGUGUGAUUUGGUCUGAUUUCCCGCAGUUUGUAAUUAAUGUAUUAUAAAAGCAAAAUGUAUUUAGAAAACAGACACUGUGCUUUGGUCGUUAUGGCCAAAAAUGUCUUUCAUAAAAAAAAAAAACAAUUUAUGGAAAUAAAUAAU